CCUGCAGCGCUGCGAACAAAUAAAGUCAGAUAAACAACCAUGAGACGUCCCGGGACCGGGUGGACCGGGUGGACCGUGAGGACCGCUGCGGGCACGGCGCUGACUCUGCUGCUGGGCCUGAGCUCGGUCCGAGGCGACUACUGUGAGGUGAACGUUUGUCUUCAUGGAGGAACGUGCGUGACGGGAGUCGGAGACGAGCCGUUCAUCUGCAUCUGUGCCGACGGCUUCGGGGGAGACAGCUGCCGCCUGAUGGAGAGCGGACCCUGCAGCCCAAACCCCUGCAAGAAUGAGGGGUCGUGUAAGGUCAUCACCCCGACCAGACGAGGAGACGUCUUCAGCGAGUACGUGUGCGAGUGCCAGUCCGGCUUCGAGGGAGUGCACUGCCAGACCGACGUGGACGGCUGCUCCAGCCGGCCCUGCAGGAACGGAGCGGCGUGCCGAGACCUGCAGGGCGACUUCGCGUGCCGAUGCGCCUCGCCGUACGUCGGGAAGCAGUGCCAGCUGAGUUGUGUUUCUCUGCUGGGGAUGGAGGGCGGAGCCAUCGGGGAGGCCCAGAUCUCAGCCUCCUCUUUGCACUACGGCAUUCUGGGUCUUCAGCGCUGGGGCCCCGAGUUGGCUGGACUCAACAACCAGGGCCUCGCCAACGCCUGGACGGCGUCCGCCCACGACAGGAACCCCUGGAUCGAGGUCAACAUGCAGAAGACCAUGCGCCUGACGGGCAUCAUCACUCAGGGGGCCAGUCGCAUGGGCGCGGCGGAGUACGUCAAGGCCUUCAAGGUGGCGAGCAGCUCGGACGGGACCGCGUACACGUCUUACCGAGAGGACGGCCAGCGGGCGGACAAGGUCUUCAUCGGCAACACCGACAACGACGGCACCAAGACCAACCUGCUCGACCCCCCCAUCCUGGCCCAGUACGUCCGCAUCAUCCCAGUGGUCUGCCGCCGGGCCUGCACGCUGCGCCUGGAGCUGGUGGGCUGCGAGCUCCACGUGUCUUCCCACGCGGCAGGUUGCUCCGAGCCUCUGGGCAUGAAGUCCCGCCUGGUGUCCGACGGGCAGCUGUCGGCCUCCAGCUCGUUCCGGACGUGGGGCGUGGACAGCUUCACGUGGCGCCCUCAGUUCGCCCGGCUGGACCGGCGGGGCAAGACCAACGCCUGGUCGCCGGCGCACAACAACCGGUCCGAGUGGCUGCAGGUGGACCUCGAGAAGACGAAGCGCCUCACGGGGAUCAUCACGCAGGGGGCCAAGGACUUCGGGGUCCUGCAGUUUGUGACGCUCUUCAAAGUGACUCACAGGUACGAUGGAGAGACCUGGACCACCGUGGAGCAGGACGGCAGGGACCAGCUGUUUCAAGGCAACAUGGAUAACUCCGCCCACGAGAAGAAUCUCUUCCAGCCUCCGUUUUCCGCCCGCUACGUCCGCCUGCUGCCCUGGGAGUGGCAGGAGCGCAUAACGGUGCGCAUGGAGCUGCUGGGCUGCGACGACUAGAGCCUCCUCCACCCAUCAUCCUCCUUCAUCCACCCAUCCUCCACCCAUCCUCCUCCCUCCUCCACACAUCAUCCUCCACCCAUCCUCCUCCUCCCUCCUCCACCCAUCCUCCACCUCCCUCCUCCACCCAUCAUCCUCCUUCAUCCACCCAUCCUCCACCCAUCCUCCUCCUCCCUCCUCCACCCAUCAUACUCCUUCAUCCACCCAUCCUCCUCCUCCCUCCUCCACCCAUCAUCCUCCUUCAUCCACCCAUCCUCCUCCUCCCUCCUCCACCCAUCCAUCCAUCCUCCUCCACCACCCAGUUAGUGACUCCACCUUUAGUUUAACAGUUAGUGACUCCACCUUUAGUUUAACAGUUAGUGACUCCACCUUUAGUUUAACAGUUAGUGACUCCACCUUCAGUUUAACAGUUAGUGACUCCACCUUCAGUUUAACAGUUAGUGACUCCACCUUUAGUUUAACAGUUAGUGACUCCACCUUCAGUUUAACAGUUAGUGACUCCACCUUUAGUUUAACAGUUAGUGACUCCACCUUCAGUUUAACAGUUAGUGACUCCACCUUCAGUUUAACAGUUAGUGACUCCACCUUCAGUUUAACAGUUAGUGACUCCACCUUUAGUUUAACAGUUAGUGACUCCACCUUCAGUUUAACAGUUAGUGACUCCACCUUCAGUUUAACAGUUAGUGACUCUUUUAGUUUAACCAGAUGACUAAUGAGCACACGUGAUGCAGGGCCUGUGCAAUAAUAUUUUAGUAUUUUGAACAAUCCUGAAAGACAUAAUGUUCAAGAGUGGAAAGUUACAUUUUGAGAGAAGUGCAGCUGACCUGUCAAUCACAUGUUGGACUUUCAUGUAUUCUUUACACAUUUCAGAUGAAUUCUUGCAAAUUGUUUUGUUGCAAUAAAUAAUUUUUACAACAAA